CCGGGAAAUCAGCUGUUGGAAAACGCAUGCUCGGUUCGUCUGAAGUAAAAUGGUGGUUUCGUCUUAGAAAGGAAGAAAGAAGCCAUAUAAAGUUUCUAAAAACACUUGAUUUAUGAACCUAAAUGCCUUACGAUAUGUCAUCUAAUGCAGAAAGUCCAGCCAACAGGCUCAAGUCUUACAAAAACAAAGCACUAGACUCACAAGAACUCAGACGAAGGCGUGAAGAGGAGGGGAUCCAGCUCAGGAAACAGAAAAGAGAUGAACAGCUUUUUAAAAGGAGGAAUGUUUCCAUGCCAACUGGAGGUCCAGAGGAUUUUGCUGGAGGAAAUAUCCAUGACAGUACAGUUAGCUCAACCCCAUACACUGGAGGCAUUACUCAGGAAAUGAUCCAAGUGUUGUACAGUGAAAAUGUGGAAGAACAAGAAGCAGCAACACAGAAAUUUAGAAAACUCCUGUCCAGAGAGCCAAACCCACCAAUAGAUGAAGUAAUUCAGACAGGCAUUGUUCCAAGAUUUGUUGAAUUUCUACAGAAGGAUGGCAACUGCUCUUUACAAUUUGAAGCUGCCUGGGCCCUCACAAACAUAGCAUCAGGUACCUCCCUACAAACCAGAGUGGUGAUAGAAGCAGGUGCUGUGCCAAUAUUUAUAAAAUUGCUUGCAUCAGAUAUAGAGGAUGUACAAGAACAGGCUGUGUGGGCUUUAGGAAACAUUGCUGGAGACAGUCCGGAAUGUAGGGACUAUGUACUGAACGAAGGAAUCCUGGUCCCUUUGUUACAAUUAUUAAGCAAAAAUACCAGCAGUUUAUCUAUGACCAGGAAUGCAGUAUGGUGUUUAUCUAAUUUGUGUAGAGGAAAAAAUCCCCCUCCAGAUUUUGCAAAGGUUUCUCCCUCCUUACCUGUGUUAGCCAGACUGCUGUUUCACACAGAUAAAGAUGUUCUAGCUGAUGCAUGUUGGGCAUUAUCUUACUUAUCUGAUGGUCCCAAUGAAAAGAUUCAGUCUGUGAUAGAUUCAGGGGUGUGUCGUCGACUGGUGGAACUACUCAUGUAUACACAUCAGAGUGUUGUCUCGGCAGCCCUCCGAGUUGUUGGAAACAUAGUAACGGGAGAUGAUUUUCAAACACAGAUUAUCUUGAACUGUUCUGCUCUGCCUUGCUUGUUACAUUUACUCAGUAGUUCUAAAGAAUCAAUACGAAAGGAGGCAUGUUGGACAAUUUCAAAUAUAACAGCAGGAAACAGAAUGCAAAUACAGUGUGUCAUUGAUGCCAAUAUAUUUCCUGUUUUGAUUGAUAUUCUGGGUAAAGCUGAUUUUAAGACAAGGAAGGAGGCAGCAUGGGCUAUCACUAAUGCCACAUCAGGGGGGUCACCAGAGCAAAUCAGGUUUUUGGUAGACCAGGACUGUAUCCCUCCUCUGUGUGAUUUACUGACAGUGAUGGAUGCUAAGAUUGUACAGGUGGCUCUUAAUGGUUUGGAAAAUAUUCUACGACUUGGAGAGCAGGACGCUAAAAAUCACAAUGGCACAAAUCCAUAUGCUGUUUUAAUUGAGGAAUGUUAUGGUUUAGACAAGAUAGAAUUUCUACAAAGUCACCAGAACAGAGAAAUCUACCAAAAAGCUUUCGACAUGAUUGAGCGAUAUUUUGGAACGGAGGAGGAGGAUAAAGCUGUUGCCCCUCAGCUGGAUGAAAACGCUCAGCAGUAUGAAUUUAACGCACCUGCUGAAAAUGUUCCCAUGGGCGGUUUCCAGUUCUAGGAGGUGCUGUUGUAUUCACUGGCUAUAGAACUGUUGAGAAGCGGUGAUGGAGGAUAUAGUGUUACAGAGCAUUAUGAAGGAAGUUGUCAUCUCAUGAGAACUAUCUGGUCUUUCUACCUCUGUGUAGAUUAUUUCAUCGCGGGUUGGGGAUGUUACGACGCAUUUCAAAUAAUCAAUUUUAUUAUCUUUCCCACAGUGAAUUGUAAAAUAUAGUUCAAUCAUUUUUAAAAGAAGGCCCACUGAUGGUUUAAUCUGGCCCUGUAAAAUUUCUUCAAUAUUGAUCACCAUCAGGCAGAUCUCAAAGGUUUCCAAAGGUGUAAAAAAAAUUGUGUUGGUUUCUGGAUAUCCUGAAAAAUCUUGAAUACAGUUUAUGUUUAUAUUAAUACUCAGUAUUUGAAAGGAAACCCAAAUAAUCUCAAAAUCUAUACAAUAGUCUCAUGUAAGAACUUUUGUGUAUAAAGUCUGUUUUUGUGUGCUUCACAGGUUCAGUUGCCCACUCUUUCCUAUUUAAGAACGGUUAUGAAAUAUGAUUGAAGAUUUUAAGAGUACUUAGUAUAACCUCAGAAACUGGUCAGAUGCUGAUAUUUUAUUAAAAUGAAAUUUACAGGGCUGCAUUAUGCAAAAGUGAACCAAGCUAUUUACUUAGGUUAAUUAGUAUCUACAGCUUCUUUAAACAAUUUCAGUACUUGGAGUUAUCUCCCCUAUUUCUAAACGUAAAUGUUUGUUGUUGUUUUUAUGUAAGAAAUUAUUUUAAGUAUAAAGCAGAUUAUGUAACUGUUGUGAUUUUUUUGGAAUGUUUGUAUUCUUAUAUGGAGCUUAAUAUAUUCAUUCUUUGUCAUUCUUUAACAUGGGUAUUUUUCAUUUUUUUUUCUCUUGUUUAAAAGCCUUG